AUUUGAAACGCAAAGCUUUCCUAACAGAGAAUCACGAAAUCACGACCGCAUUAGAGAAGAAAGAGAGAGAGAGAGCUUUUCUUCUUCUUCUUCCGCUCACUAGAUCUGCUCCCUCUCGCAGUCUCCUGGGUUUUGGCAAAUUGCUUUUGAUUCUUCUCGGGUGGCAGCUAUGGUUUCCUCCACCAAACUCAAAUCCGUUGAUUUCUACAGGAAAAUUCCGAGAGAUUUGACGGAGGCAUCUCUAUCAGGCGCUGGGUUAUCAAUUGUAGCUGCUCUCUUUAUGAUGUUUUUGUUUGGAAUGGAGCUGAGUAGUUAUUUGGAAGUUAACACUACCACAGCUGUUAUAGUUGACAAGAGCAGUGAUGGUGACUUCUUACGCAUUGAUUUCAACAUCAGUUUUCCUGCUCUUUCCUGUGAAUUUGCAUCCGUUGAUGUGAGCGAUGUCUUGGGAACGAAUAGGUUGAAUAUAACAAAAACAGUUCGCAAGUUUCCAAUUGAUCCACAUUUAAGGUCCACCGGCGCAGAAUUCCACUCUGGCCUUGCAUUACAUAACAUAAACCAUGGAGAAGAAACUAAGGAAGAGUUUCCUGAUGGUGCUAUACCAUUGACCAGUGCUAGUUUUGAAGCAUUAUCACAUCACUUUCCAAUAUUGGUUGUUAACUUUAAUGCACCAUGGUGCUACUGGAGUAAUCGUCUGAAACCUUCAUGGGAGAAAGCAGCUAAUAUAAUAAAACAAAGAUAUGAUCCUGAAGCUGAUGGCCGUGUUCUUCUAGGAAAUGUUGAUUGCACGGAAGAACCUGCGCUAUGUAAGAGGAAUCACAUACAAGGCUAUCCAUCUAUUCGUAUUUUCCGCAAAGGCAGUGACCUUAGAGAGGACCAUGGACACCACGAACAUGAAUCUUACUAUGGAGAUCGGGACACAGACAGUAUAGUUAAGAUGGUGGAGGGACUGGUCGCACCUAUCCACCCGGAGACUCACAAGGUGGCUUUGGAUGGAAAAUCCAAUGAUACUGUAAAACAUCUUAAAAAGGGACCAGUUACAGGAGGUUGUAGAGUUGAAGGUUAUGUACGUGUAAAGAAGGUUCCAGGAAAUCUCGUGAUCUCAGCUCAUUCAGGAGCUCAUUCAUUUGAUUCUUCUCAAAUGAACAUGUCGCAUGUUGUUUCUCAUUUUUCGUUUGGGAGGAUGAUUUCUCCUAGGCUGCUGACCGAUAUGAAGCGAUUGUUGCCAUAUCUUGGCCUAAGCCAUGACAGGCUGGAUGGAAAGGCAUUCAUAAAUCAACAUGAGUUUGGUGCCAAUGUCACUAUCGAACACUACCUUCAAACAGUCAAAACAGAGGUCAUUACAAGAAGAUCCGGUCAAGAACAUUCACUGAUAGAGGAAUAUGAAUACACCGCUCACAGCAGCGUGGCUCAGACUUACUACUUACCCGUUGCGAAGUUUCACUUUGAGCUCUCUCCUAUGCAGAUCUUAAUAACCGAAAACCCGAAGUCCUUCUCACACUUCAUCACAAAUCUGUGUGCCAUUAUUGGUGGUGUUUUCACGGUUGCCGGAAUACUAGAUUCGAUUUUUCACAAUACAGUAAGACUGGUAAAAAAGGUCGAACUUGGGAAAAACAUUUGAUCGUCCACUGGAGGUUAGAAUUUUCCAUUAAUAUAUAAAACCAUAGAAGAACCUCAGACUGUUUACUUUGAAUAGCUGAUCUACACAGAAAAACUCAAAAAAAGAGAGAAUUUUUGUUUGACACAAUCUUAGUUUCUUUAUGGUUCUUGUUCUAUUAAAAUCCGCCUGGUUUUUCUU